AUGGGACCUAUGGCUGUGCUGCUUUGGCCGAGUUCAAAACUACCAACAACGACUCGACGAGGGAUGAAACGUGCGCUGUCUGCCGACCAUGAUGCUCAAUUUACCACCUUCAUCCUGAUUGCCGGAUAUCGCAGGACAGGUGGUCGAUCAUACGCGGCACUACCGAGAACUGCGACUAGUUUAAGAAAGUCUCUGCCUUUUGGUGGUCCUCUAACUGUUCCCACCUUCGAGGCUUAUAAGUUCUGGGGACUUUUGCCCGCCGACGUUGGCGACAGAAACCUGAAACGCUGGUGUCGUGUUCCACUGCCACCCACGUUGCACCAGUCAAGGGCUUCGGGCAUGCGACUCGUUCAAUACAAGGCGCUGUGCGAUGAGGAAUGCCCUAUCGUUUGCAUUUGCGGGGAUCUGGCUCGUUCAACAGGCGAUUUGCCCCUGAGAGCUGCGUUGCUUUACCUCGUCACUGAUUCACGAGAUUCCAGAAUUCCUCGCGUGGUCGAAUGGAAGGCUUCCAGAUAUCCCAAUUUCAUCACCUGGCGAAGCGCGUAA